UUUAUUUUGAAGGCUUUAAUUCAACAGCAAAGGCAGCAGCUGUUAGUCCUCAGCCUGGAAUGCGGAAGAGAAAAAUUGGCGGGCUGAGCGCGAGCUGCUUUUGUUCUGUGACGUCCGCCAGCAGGCUUUAAAUACGGACGCUUUCUCUAGGAGGGGCAUCAGUUUGUCUUCUCAGUCUCACUGAAACUUGAAAAUGUCUGGACGUGGAAAGGGAGGAAAGGGACUGGGAAAAGGAGGCGCCAAGCGUCACCGUAAAGUCCUCCGUGAUAACAUCCAGGGAAUCACCAAGCCCGCCAUCCGCCGUCUGGCUCGCCGUGGCGGAGUCAAGCGUAUCUCCGGCCUCAUCUAUGAGGAGACCCGUGGGGUGCUCAAGGUGUUCCUGGAGAAUGUCAUCCGUGAUGCCGUCACCUACACCGAGCACGCCAAGAGGAAGACCGUCACCGCCAUGGAUGUGGUGUACGCCCUGAAGAGACAGGGUCGCACUCUGUACGGCUUCGGCGGUUAAGCAAGAUCUCACCUCAACAACGAAAACCAACGGCUCUUUUAAGAGCCACCCA